UCUCACACAUGCCGUAAACAUGCCCACGGUUGGACAGACAAAGGGAAUUCCCCGGAGACAAUAAUGGUCGGGGAUUGCCAAAUCAAGAACAAAGAAGCUGUCUUAAUAACCCCUUCUGCAUCCGCGGGAAUAUCGACGAUUAGUCAAGCACGGAAUGUGCCGUGGUACUGUAUCGUCGUCUUCUCACGCCUCCGAAACCUUACUGCCACAACCCAGCGACCAGACGGCAGUCAUCAGUCCAUCGAUCCCGAUACUCUCAAAAUAUGGCGAAAACAAAGGUAGAUGCGCAAACCACACCUCACUCGAGCAAAUCCCCACGAUCGCUUAUAUCUGUUCGUCUUCCAGACCGGCAAACGCUCCGCCCUUCAAGACGUCGUCACUCGUGAAUACACGAUUCAUCUGCACAAGCGCGUGCACGGCCGCUCCUUCAAAAAGCGGGCACCAUGGGCCGUCAAGUCUGUAGUCGAGUUUGCUCGGAAAGCAAUGGGCACUUCAGACGUACGGCUUGACCCCAAGCUCAACCAAGCACUAUGGGUACAGGGAAUCAAGUCCGUCCCUCACCGGAUACGAGUAAAGCUUGAGCGUAAACGAAAUGACGAAGAGAAUGCAAAGGAGAAGCUUUACACAUAUGCUAUGCAUGUUCCUGUCACUUCCUUCAAGGGGCUCCAAACAACCGUCGUUGAUGCGGAAUAAAUGGAGGUCAUUAAUCUUCACUGCGGGAACGAGAUUUUGUCUGGUACUGGAUAUGAUACAGGCAGGUGACUUCACCUUACACACAAUGCUACUUCGACAGGUGAUGCGCAAGCAUCCUGAUAUGUUGUACAUGCCCUGAGUCUGCAUACUUAGUCUGGUCACCAGAUCGUCUAUGAAGGCUGCUUUUCAUUGCAGGUGGAGACUGUUUG